GCGAUGGUAUCAGACCCUAGCACAAGCCUCAACGGAUGUCGUGUAGCGCUACUAUCUUGUGGACAAUUCGAUCCACCUUCUUAUGCUCAUUUACGGAUGUUCGAGCGAUCUCGGGACUUUUUGGUUCGAACGAUGGGCUGCAAAGUGGUUGAGGGGAUCAUGAGCGUUGCUGGAGACUCGUCAACAGCAUGUACACCCGCCAAACAUCGAUUAAGAAUGGUCGAAACGGCAGUGAGAAAAAAUUUCUGGAUA